AGCGUUUGCUACUUUUACUUUUAAAUCUAAACUAUUACAUUUAUACAUCAUGGCCCGUCAAUUCUUUGUAGGAGGAAACUUCAAGAUGAACGGUACUAAAGAGUCCGUCACCAAAAUCGUCGAAAGCUUGAACGCUGCUGAUUUACCUGCUAAUGUCCUGGUGGUUAUUGCUCCCCCAGCCCCAUACAUUUCUUUGGCAGUUGAAAAGAACACCCAGAAAACCGUCGAAAUUUCCGCUCAAAACGUCUACACCAAGGCUUCUGGUGCCUACACGGGUGAGAUUUCCGCCAACCAGGUGUUGGACCUCGGUGCUACUUGGACUUUAACUGGACACUCUGAAAGAAGAACCUUAAUCAAGGAAAGUGACGAGUUCAUUGCUGAAAAGACCAAGUUCGCCUUGGAACAAGGCUUGUCUGUUAUUUUGUGUAUCGGAGAAACCUUGGAAGAAAGAAAGGCCGAUGUCACUUUACAGAUUUGUGCCAGACAAUUGGAUGCUGUUUCCAAGAUUGUGUCUGACUGGUCCAAGAUUGUUGUUGCUUACGAACCAGUUUGGGCCAUCGGAACCGGUUUGGCUGCCACUCCAGAGGAUGCGCAAGAAACCCACAAGGGAAUCAGAGAACAUUUGGCUAAGACCAUCGGUGCUGAACAGGCCGAAAAGGUUCAAAUCUUGUACGGUGGUUCUGUCAACGGAAAGAAUGCAGUGGAAUUCAAGGACAAGGUUGAUGUUGAUGGGUUCUUGGUCGGAGGCGCCUCUUUGAAGCCAGAAUUCGUUGAUAUCAUCAAGUCUAGAUUGUAGGUCCUUGACAGUUUUAUAGGAGAAUAUAACUUCGAGU